AUGAAAACGAUCGCUUAUUAUCUAACAUCCGAAUCCAUGUUCAAUAUUACCGGAAAGUCCACCUGUUGUUACCUGCACUUGACAUUAAUGCCCCACCCCGGAGAACAUGGAAAUCCGAUGAAAAUAUUUGGAAUGGAGCCAGGUACCGUAUGCUGCUCUAAUUAUUCUGAGUCGUCAAAUGUAUAUUUGUACCGAAAACAAAAAGAAGCCGUCAUUCAAGGAGUUCAUGAAUACCUUUUCCAGUUCUUUGGAUCUUCUAUUAAUUAUACAAUCUUUUCGCAAAAAACAACGGAAUUACCUCCAAUUCUCAAACAUGUCAGCGGCAGUGAUAUCUGGGUACCAGAUGAUAAAACAGAAGAGGAGUUGGAGUCUUAUUUCACUGAUUAUCCUAUCCAGAAAUAUCUUAAACUAAGUGGCAAGUUAAAUAGCAGAUUUAUUCCAAAUUCUGUUGUUUAUCGAAAUGAAUACUUGAAAAUCGACAGUGGAAAUUAUGGAGACGAGAUGUUGCACAACUUCAAAGGAAGACAUCUUAUUUUUAUAUACACGAAUUUCCGUGAUUCUACUAUUAUUCAAUUUCUAAACAAAUGGAAGUCUAAUCAAGGAUUUCAAAAUUUGAAAGCUUUGUUUAUUAAUUUGUUCGACAAGGUGUUCGACAAUCUUGAAAUAAUGAGGAAUAUCGAUGUAAAACAUAGGAAACCAUCAGAAGACGCGCUACAGGUUAAGUGGAGAGAUAUGAAAACGAUCAGCAUACCCCACACUUGCAGCACAGAGGAAAAGAGAUUAGAGAGUCGGGACUAUUUGAUCAGAGACGGAGAUGGUCAAGGAGCUUCUGUAGAGAUAACUCCAAAGGGUCUUUCGUUCGUCGUCUGGAAUUCAACUGAAAACACGCAUAUAAUGGGAAGCAAGAAUGAUUGA